CAGUGUGGAGAGAACACCAGUCUUAAACAGUAGUAGUAUUUGAAAGGGAUUGUGGACCGAAACGUGCGACAGAUCACUUUGGGAACAUGGCUUUAGAAAUUUCAGCACCAGAAUGCAGCCCCAGCGUUCCCCCUGGCUAUUACGACACAGUGCCGGGAUACGAGGAGACGUUGGCUUAUGGAGGGCUUCUUCCUCCCCCAGUGCCCUUGGCACCCCUGCCUGCCCUGUCCAACCUCCCUGCCCAAACCGACUGGAGUAUAACCACCAUUACAAAGGAAACUGCACAUCAGGCGUUUAUUAGCUACGCAUCCGGUAAAAGCUGGUACUGCAUGGGGCCGGCUCGAGAUGGCAUCAUCACCAGCUUAGAGCCCUUUAAUGUCUACAGAUACCGCUUGGAGACUUUUGCUGAGACAAGAUCUACUGAAUGGAGCGAUGAACCGUAUACAGGUCAGCCUGAGGAUGCGUUCAUCCAGCCUCCUCCAGCACCAUGGACGUUCAUAGCCCAAGCACCUGCUUUCUUCCAGGAUCGAAGGCAGAACAUCAGAGUGCCGUAUACCUCCUCAGUCAAGACGUGCCACGUCUGUAUGGGGAAAGGAAACAUCCUCUGCCCGUCCUGUUCAGGCUCUGGGGACACAAUGUGCACGUCGUGUUAUGGAAGUGGGCAGUGCCGAGGAAUAAAAAUCUGCCUGAUGUGUAGCGGCUGUGGAAGGCAAAAUUUUCAGACUAUCUGCUGGACAUGUGGCGGUUCUGGGUAUAUCCACGGAACUGAACUCUGCAUCCCCUGUUCUGGCAGUGGAAGAAAAAUCUGUGGCAGGUGUUACGGAAAAUGCUUCUGUGUGUGUUCAAAGUGUGACGGGAGGGAAAAACUUCUCGUCUUCAUCAAUCUCAAGAUACACUGGAUUACUUAUGAAAAUGAGUACGUGACGGAGCAGUCGAGCGGUCUGGAUCCAGAGAAUCUCAGUAAGGUCUCUGGAACCACGAUCUUCACAGACACCCAGUACAUGCUUCCCCCGUUGGUGGGUUUCCCCGAUCCUUCAAUAAACCAAGAGUCUCAGCGUUUAAUACAAGAACAUCAGUCCAAGUAUUUCCAGACUUCUCGCGUUCUGCAGCAGCGUCACACCAUCGAGCUGAUCCCCGUCACCAAGGUGAACUACACCUGGCAUGGGGAGUCCUACACUUACAUUGUGUUUGGAAACGAGAACAGCGUGUACACUGACAACUACCCGGCCAAAUGCUGCUGCUCUGUGAUGUAAUCCUAUAAUUCAGCAUGUUCCAUAUCAAAAGCACCAAAUGACACAGAAUAUUAAUCAUCUUUACGCUGUUAUAGUCUGUUAUUGAUGUUUGUAGUAUGCAUGUGUUUAUCAAAUAUACCAAAUAUAGCAAAUAAUUAUUGCUUUUUAGAUAUGUAGUUAAAGCAACUGUGGUUAAAUAUCAAGACUAUUUUCUUCUCUACAUAAACACUUUUUAAUUCAUUCACUCAUAUUCACUCUUCUAGACUUUAUGCUUACUGAUUAGCGCUUAUUUACUCUUUUCAAAGAAGAUCUAUCCUUUCAAUCUUUUAUGUUAUAUUUGAAGCUGCAUAUUUUUUUCCUAAACAUUGAAAUAUCAAGUCUAGCCUACUGUAGGCUUUAACUAACUGUAAAUAUACAAUAUACACACAUUAUAUAAGGUGGUAGCAAAACGUUUCGUAAACAGACAGCAGCACAAGAGAUCAGAAAGACCUUCAAUGUGCUCAACCCGAAACCAUUCAGUAACUUGUGCAUGAUCGUUAUCGGAGAGCAAUCCACAACACUGCUGCCGUUGUCAGUGUGUCAUAUGGAACAGUCCAGUAUCCUCACCUGUGAGUUAAACAUGCGCCGUAAUUUCAACCAAACUGAAGUUUAUCCCCAGGCUGAUGAACAAGAACUGGGUGGAUGACCCAUCUUUCAUGUUGAGGAAUAUUGGGUGUAUGGGUACAACCCUGAGACAAAGAGCCCAUCAUGUCUACGACCAAAAAGGGCGAGGCAGGCCCACAGCUCAUCCGGGUGCAUGCUCAACGUCUUUUUCGACAUUCACUGCAUUGUUCAUCAGGAAUUCGUCCCCAGGGGCCAGACUGUCCCGACUGACUUCUGG